CCUUAUUCAAACCACACCUAACUCCUUCACCUAACUCUAAUGUUACGUAAGAUCUCCGCCUCUAAAUUUGUUAUUCUCCUUUUUCCACUUGUUCAGUCACUUUCUCGAACAUCUCCCCCUGCUGGCCUGCUUCUAUAAAAUACACUCAACUUUUCUACUUGUUUGUUCACUCACUUUCUUCACCCGUUCUUAAUUUCUAUUUGACUUUGAAAUCGGGUUUGGUCUCGGUUGGAUUCGAUUUCUACUUGAGUUGGAAGUUGGAAGUUGGAAGUAACUGGACUUCAUUUCUGCCCCAGCCCUUCAAUGGAGGCUAAACUUUUAACUCCUUCCCGGAAUGUUCAUGUUGAUACCAACCCAACAAAAUCAUGGAGAACCUUCAAUUUCCCUCCUCACCAAAUUGGGAAAAAUAGUAGCUUUAGCUUUUCCAAGGGUACCUAUUCAAUUAGGGGGUUUCAAUCGCUUCAUGUUUCUGCAACUGCUUCUGGUCUGCAAUCCAAGACAAGAAUUGAUGAGAGUGAAAGCUUGACUCUGGAUGGCAUUCGACAAUCCUUGAUUCGGCAAGAAGACAGUAUAAUAUUCAGCCUUCUAGAGAGAUCACAGUUUUGUUAUAAUGCAGAGACGUAUGACCCUGAUGCAUUCCCUUUACCUGGCUUUCACGGUUCUUUGGUCAAAUAUAUGCUCAAGGAAACUGAAAAGCUCCAUGCUCAGGUUGGACGAUAUGCGAGCCCUGAUGAACAUCCUUUUUUUCCGGAUGAUUUACCUGAAACACUACUUCCACCCAUGCAGUAUCCUCAGGUUCUCCAUCCUUAUGCUUAUUCAAUCAAUAUAAACAAACAAAUUUGGGAUAUGUACUUCAAAGACCUUCUGCCGAGACUUGUCAAGGAAGGAAACGAUGGCAACUGCGGAUCUUCUGCUGUCUGUGACACAAUAUGCUUACAGGCACUCUCUAAAAGAAUACAUUACGGCAAGUAUGUGGCCGAAGCAAAGUUUCGAGCUUCACCUGAUGUAUAUAAAGCUGCUAUUGCAGCACAAGACAAGGAAAAGUUGAUGAGUUUGUUGACGUAUGAGGCGGUAGAAAAUGCAGUUCAGAAAAGAGUCGAAAUGAAGUCGAAAAUAUUUGGACUUGAGGUGCCUAUCAACCCUGAUGCGGCUGAAGAGGAAUCCAAGCCCGCGUAUAAAAUAAAUCCUGUUGUUAUAGCUGAUUUAUACGGGGACUGGAUUAUGCCUUUAACGAAGGAGGUUCAAGUUGAGUACUUGUUGAGACGAUUGGAUUGAACAUAAUCGUAUUUCUUUCCUUGCGCUCUACAAGAUUGUAAUUUCAAACUCAGCUUGUUUUGGUUGUUUAUUUAAAUGUGAACCGUAAGUUAUCUGGUGGGUAUAAUUUAAAAUUUGCUCAAUAGCUUGUAAUCUUAUUUAGCAGACCCUAAUCUUUUGGGAUUAUGGCUCUGGUAUUGUUAUUUAGCUUGUAAUCUUGUAUAGCCCUCAUUAUCUGAUGUCAAAUUUCAUCGGAGAUUGGUGUUUCUGUCAUGUGGCCUGUAGUUGAAAUUUGUGAUAAUUGAAUGGGGAAAAUGGAAAAUUUGAAUUGAACUCAUCACAAUUGAACUGAACUAUGUUUUGGACUUCA